GACAGAGAGCGAGAGAGAGCACAAGGAAAUUCAUGUCAGAGCAUACAGACGCUGACAGAUUCUGAAAUAAUAGUUGGAGAACAAGAGACUGUAUUCAGCUGCUGACUCAGUGAAUCAGUGGGAGAGUGGGAGAAACAGGAAAGGGAUUGAGCAGAAAUAAGUGGCUGGAGAAUAGCUACGGAAACAUUCUCUUUUUCGUCUUAACUUGCCUGAAUACACAGCACUAGUUAUAUCUAUGCACUCUUGACUGUGCAUGCGUGCUUGAGUUCAGAGUUCAGGGGUGAAAGAUUACUUUUGAGCAAUCGAUCGUUGUAGCAGAUCUAAGAGAAACUCCACUUCAUUCACUUCAACAAAAAGAUGGAAGUGGUGCGUUUGCCUGCGGUGUCUCGCGUGGCUGUGUGUGGUGGUACACACGGUAAUGAGCUGUCGGGCGUGUACCUCGUGAGAGAGCUACAGAAGAAGAAGGGAGAAAAGGCCGAUAACUUUUCCCUGACAACGGUGAUGUCCAACCCGCGGGCAGUUGAGCAGUGCAGGAGAUACAUUGAGACGGACCUGAAUCGCUGCUUCACCACUGCCAUUCUCAGUGCCCCGGUGUCAGGUGAAACCCCCUAUGAGAUGGUGCGAGCCCAAGAGCUCAACACUCUUCUGGGGCCAAGGGGCACAGCCAAGGCUACUGACUUGAUCUGCGACCUUCACAACACCACCGCAAACAUGGGCCUGUGCUUCAUCUCAAGCUCCGACUCGGACUGGAUCAGGCUGCACAUCUGCAAGCACCUGCAGAGGGAGAUGCCUUCUGUGUCUGUGAGAUAUCUGACUUUCGAUACUGAGCCUUCUUUCCUGUCAUCUGUGGCAAAACAUGGCUUUGCAAUGGAGAUUGGUCCCCAGCCCCAUGGAGUGGUCAGAGCUGACACAUUCAACACAAUGAAGGAGGGAGUACGAUUGAUGCUCGACUGGAUCCAGAAAUUCAACUCGGGUGUCCUGUUUGACGGCGAGGAGAUGGAGGUGUAUACCGUGGUGGAAACAAUAGAUUAUCCCAGAGACGCAGAGACUCACUUGAUCACUGCGACAAUACACCCACAGCUACAGGACCAGGAUUUCAGCCUUCUUCAUCCUGGUGAUCCUCUGUUCUUGACGUUCUCUGGAAACACGGUGACAUACAAAGGAACGGAGGCUCUCCAUCCCAUUUUUGUGAACGAGUGUGCAUACUACGAGAAGCACAUUGCGCUCCAGCUGGCCCAAAAGAAAAAGGUAGUUGUUCCAUCUAUCCAGCUGAAAAGAGACUAAAGGAGGAGUUUGUACAACCAAAGAUGGGACUGGCUGAACAUUGCAACAUUUUCAACACACCAGGAACAGCUCAGCUCAGCUCAGUUAAAAUUAACUGUGUAUUACUUUUUUUUAAGUCAUCUCAGGAAAAUAUUGACGCACAUAUAUUGUAUAAAAGCAAUUGAUGUUAAUGUCUUGACAUAAAAUAUUACCUUUUUGUUCGAA